AUGGAGAACCCACCUCUCAAGCCAGACGUUGGCCUUGAGCACAUUUUGCAAUGGCUGAGGGGGGUUUCAGGUCACAUCAAGCCGGAAGGGAGCCCGGACUUGGACUUUGGAUAUAGUCCGAUACUGGGUACCCAGUUGGGAGAGAAGUCACUGGCACUACUUAGCUCCAAUUUGCGUCCUGCAAUAUUCACCAUCCCUCUGGAUAAGACCGACUCGUUGCUUCGGGCCAAUGACAGCAAGGAUUCUGCAAAUUUCCAAUCGCAAAAGAGGAAGAGAUCAUUGUCGUCGAUCACCAUACCACCAAGGCUUGCACCUUCAGCGGCGCCGCAGUAUAAACCUUCGUCUUCGAAUCAUGUAUCGUCCUCGGAAGAUGCAGCCACGUCUCGGAGCUCUUCCUUCACCUCGGCCCCAGUGCACUCAACCUAUGCACAGUGUUCGCCAGAUAUGGACCCCGGAAGUCGCCCGGUAUUUCCAUUGGCACCUUCGCCACUUCGUCUCGCGCCACACGUUUCGCUGCCCCUGAUCGAGCUCGACAACGACCCGAUGGCUUGUGCCAUAGUCAGCUAUCUCGACCUGGCCCGCUCCAUGAUCUCACAGGGAACUCCCAUCCUUGAAGUCUUCGGUCCCGAGCGACCGAUCGUGGAUCUGCUGUUUCGUUCUCGGAAAGAGAACGACGCACAUUCUGUCUGCCACUUUGCCUGUGAGCUCAUCUCGGGCCUCGAAGGCAUGGAUUUCGCGGCCAAGUUGGGGCUGGCGUUCAUGUUUGUCCACCUAAUCCGGUGGAUAAUUCUUUGUUCAACCGCCAACUAUGCUCGUAUUCCCGAGCUUUACCGACCCACGGCGGCGCAAACCACCAUUCCGCACAGUGCCGCCGUUGAGUUCUGCCCCUUUCGUCAAUUGAGAGAUGCGCUUUGUCGACAACACCGCGAAUUCCUCCCGGCUCUGGCAAGCAACAUUAGUUGCAACUGGCCGUACCGAGUCGACACGUGUGUUCAGCCACACGAUGACUCGCCACAUCUCGUCCUGACAGACAGCUUCUGCAGGCACAUCCAAGACCCGGAAAAUUGGACGGUGAGAGAUGACAUCUUCGACACCUUCCCCGAGUGUAAAGGGCUCAUCAAGACCACGUUGUGA